AUGGCUACACACACUCCAAAUAUCGCAGCGCGAGGCUACGGUAUCAAUGCAACAUACAUCUUUGAAUAUUCAAGGGGUCUGGCAGGCGUUGAUGUUCCUCGCGAUGUAAUAAUCACCCGAAUCAUUUACUCAUCGGUCGUGAUACUGGCACUAGUCCUCUUCUGUGGACGGAUUGCGCAGAUAUCCCAUGCCCAUCUCCGAAACAUCACCUCGCACUCUUCCAGCAAACGAGAACAGACAUUUUGGAGCAAGGAAGACUCAAAAUGGUUGCCUAAUCUCAAAAAGCACUUGCUCUAUGCUCCUCUUGGAUCAAGGAGACAUAACCGGGAAAUCCAAAUUUCUUCCGCCGUCGGAAUUGGCACAUUACCAUCUCGGCUUCAAAGUGUGUUGAUCACUCUGUACCUCACCAGUCAGGUGACUUACUGCUUAUACCUGGACUAUCGAGUCAACGAAAAAGCAGCUUUGAUAGCAGAGCUCCGUGGGCGCUCAGGAACGCUGGCCGUCCUGAACAUGGUCCCACUGUUUCUCCUCGCAGCCCGGAACAACCCUCUUAUUUCGAUACUUCAUAUCAGCUUCGAUACCUACAAUCUCAUGCAUCGCUGGUUGGGCCGCAUCGUGGUUCUCGAAGCUGUCACUCACACUGUCGCCUGGGCAGUCAACGCGAGUGCAGAGCAGAAUGUGUCUGACAUGUUCACCCGUAUGACCGACACGCCAUUCUUCGCAUGGGGUUUUGUCGGCACCGUCGCAAUGGUAUUCCUAGUCCUCCACUCUCCGUCUCCAAUCCGCCAUGCCUUCUACGAGACAUUCCUCCAUCUCCACCAACUCGCCGCUCUACUCGCUUUCAUCGGAGUGUAUCUCCACCUGCGCCUAGAUUCUCUGCCUCAGAGACCAUGGGCCGAUGCUAUCGCCAUAAUCUGGUUGCUUGAGCGGAGCACACGACUACUCCGCAUAGUCUACUUGAACCUUUCCACAAAACAUGGCAGCACCCGAAUGACCGUGCAAGCUCUACCAGGAGAAGCAUGCCGUGUCACAUUCGAACUUCCAAAACAUGUGGAUAUAAAACCAGGCGGUCACGUUUAUGCCUACAUCCCUUCAAUAUCGUGGUGGAUGUCGCACCCUUUCUCCGUCGCCUGGACGGAACCAAUCAGAAACGACUCAUGCAAACCGAUUACUCCGUCAAUGAGUCCAUCAGCCCUAGAGAAGCAAACCAGUGGACUAGAACUCUACCUUGAUAGCCGAUACAAGGCAACCAAAGUCUCUCUCAUCAUCGGUGCACGUCAGGGAAUGACUCGCCGCCUCUACGACUUAGCGAACGGAAAGCCUCAUCGCACACUAUACGUCCCAGGCUUCAUAGAAGGACCGUAUGGCUCGAACCCAGCCAACGUCCCCAGCUACGGAACAGUAGUACUCUUCUCAGCCGGCGCAGGAAUAACCCACCACCUCAUGUUUACACGCGAUCUCAUCCUCCGCGCAGCAGCAAACACAGCUGCCACCCGCUGUGUUUACCUGAUCUGGUCCGUCCGCUCAACAGACCACCUCGCAUGGGUAAGUCAAUGGAUGGACCAGAUCCUCCGUCUACCAGGACGGCGGGAGAUCUUAACGGUAAAGUUAUUUGUCUCAAAGCCACGCCGGGCAGCAGAUAUCAUGUCUCCUUCACGAUCGGUACAGAUGUUCUCUGGUCGGUGUCGACCUGAUGUUGUGCUCGAUGAAAUUAUACCGCAGCGAGUCGGGGCGACUAUUGUUUCUGUUUGUGGACCUGGGGCUUUUGCUGAUGAGGUUCGUGCUGCGGCAAGGGAUCGGAUUGGGAAGGGGGCUGUUGUUGAUUUUGUGGAGGAGGCUUUUACGUGGUAG